CACAAUAUGGGACGUUCAAAUAUUUAGUGAAAUUUUCCUGUUUAUUUUCAUCCUGUCCUGAAUUGGAAGAUAAUCUCUCGGUGAAAAUGGCCAAUAAGGCUGCCACACCAAUUCCCGAAGCAACAAAAUUAGACUUGGCCACAAAGGUGGAGGGUGUGAAAGUGGAAGAAUUACCUGGAUCAUCGGGAUCCUCGCAGGAUUUUAGUUGUUCCAUCUGCAGCACAAAAUUUCACCUCCGGAACGAUCUGCUGAAGCACUUCCUGCAGCAUGGGAAUAAUGAGAUUGACUACAAUGGAAGGCCUAAAGCUCUAGAAGUCACAGUGCCAAAGACAGUCUCAUCUAGCGGUGGUGAUGCCAAAACAACCAUGAUCCAGUGCGAAUGGUGUCCAGACAAAUUCAAAGAUAUCUCCCGGGCAAUCCAGCACAAGCAUCGGAAGCAUGCAAAUAUCCUAGUCAACUACUACUGCGAGUACUGCGGGAAACAAUUCCCCCUGAGAAUUUCUCUCAUUCGCCAUCAGUUCACGUGCAGUGAGCAAAAGGAGGCAUCUGCUGACAGCAACUGUUUGCCCAUCUACAACUGCAUCCUGUGCGAGGCGAGAUUCAUGACGGCAGCUGCAAAGGCAACGCAUGAAAAGAACACCCAUUUUGCUUCCAUUCCCACAACAAUUGUGCCUCCGCCCUCGAAGAAGAUCCGUAUGAGUAAUAAUGGGGAAUGGUGUUCACUAUACUACUGCCACCUCUGUGGGGCUGAGUACUCAAUGAAGCACAAUCUGAAGAAGCACCUGGAGAAUUACCACACACUGGAGGAGCGCACAAAAUUCCCCAGUGCUGGAAUUAUCAAAUGCAAACUCUGCGAUGCUCUUUUUCACACCAAAAAUGCUUACCUCGUUCACAAUUUGCACCAUUCAAAAGACGACAUUUACGUGAAUUCGGAAAAGGAACGACUACAGAUGGUGCAUAAGGUUGACCAGGAUUUGGAUUUAAAUCGAAUCCACAUCCCGACCACGAUGAAAUUAACAUCAAAGGGGCAGAUUCCCAAGAAGUACCUUCAUCUCAUGCCAUCUGUAAAAGUGAAUCUCACGCCCCUCUCCACCAAAGAUUUCCAUCGAGAUGAGCAGAAUAAUGAGAAUAAUUAAAAAUUCUAUUUUUUGCUUUUUUUGUGGAGUUCAAUACAAAAUAAUCAUUGAAAAAUGGAAAAAAUAA